AUGGGAGAAGCAACUCCUACAGACACCGAACGGCAACGGCCAGAGGUGGAAGAAGUAUUGCCACAGCCCUCUCCCGCCGACGAGGAGAAGCUUCCCAUCCAGCGCACGAAUUCGCGGGCACCUUACUCUGUUCACUCAAAAAACGUGAAGCGCUUGUUGGUACUUGGAGCAGCGGGUACGGCCAUCUUCUCGCCCAUAUCAGCCCAAAUAUACCUGCCCGCGCUCAUUCCCAUCGCCAAGAGCCUCCAUGUGAGCGCCGCAAAGGUCAACCUCACCAUCACCACGUACAUGGUCUUGCAAGGCAUCACGCCCAUGUUUGUCGGCUCGCUGGCCGACGCAGGAGGCCGGCGGCCGGCUUACAUUUUGUGCUUUGUCAUCUACCUGGCUGCCAACAUUGGGCUGGCACUGGCUCCCAACUAUGCUGCUGUACUCGCCCUGCGCUGUCUGCAGUCGGCUGGAUCCAGCAGCACCGUCGCUCUGUGCACUGCCGUUGUUGCCGAUGUGGUCACCUCUGCGGAAAGAGGGCAGUAUAUCGGCUUCACCGUCCUCCCCUCUGUUCUGGCCCCUUCCCUGGGCCCGGUGCUGGGAGGUGUACUCUCGCAGUACCUUGGCUGGCGGUCGAUAUUCUGGUUCCUGGCCAUCUCUAGCGGCGUGACUCUGCUCUUGGUUCUCGCAUUCUUCCCUGAAACCUGCCGACGCAUUGUGGGGGACGGAUCCGUUGCGCCACCGCCAAUGUAUCGUUCCCUUCUCCAGACAAUACGCCUGCGCAAGGAGAAUCGCAAGGCUGAUGAAGAACAGUACAUUGAAAGCGGGUUGGAAACAACCGCGGCAGCUGGCGAAAACAAGUUCAAAUUCAAGCCGCCAAACGUCCUCGAGGCGGUCAGGAUGCUCUUCCGCCGGUCAUCAGGCCUUUUGCUGUGGUCCAGCAGCGUCAUCUUUGCCGGAUUCUACUGCAUCGCAGCCGCGAUGCCUGUCCUCUUCCACAAACGCUACCACUUCAACGAGACGCAGGUUGGCCUCAUGUAUCUGCCCAUUGCGGGAGGCUCCAUCAUCGCGGCGCUGGUCGUCGGCCGGGGCAUGACGUGGAACUACAAGCGGCACUGCACCAUGGCCGGAGUCUCGUUUGAUCGCAGCCGCCAGAUGGACAUGACCAAUUUUCCCAUUGAGCGCGCACGUCUCGAAAUCGGUAUCCCGUUGAUGCUGCUCGCAGGGGCGUGCCUCAUCGCCUGGGGCUGGGCGGUGCACUUUCAUGCCCAUAUCGCGGUUCUAUGUGUCAUCAUGGUCUUUCUCGGGAUUGGACUGAUUGGGAUGACCAAUUCGAUGAAUGUGCUCCUGGUUGAUAUGCACCCAGGAAAGGCAGGCACUGCGACGGCGGCGAAUAACCUCACAAGGUGUCUUGUCGGUGCUGGGGCCACAGCAGCUAUUGUGCCGCUGGAAAGAGCAAUUGGCGUCGGAAAAGCAUUCUCGAUUGUAGGAAGCCUGUUCUUCAUCUGUCUUACACCGCUGGCUUUGCUGGCGCUGAAGGGCAUGAAAUGGAGGCAAAUGCAGAAGAAGGGAACAUAG